AUGGGACCAUGCCCUAAAUCCGCCACUGUCUGGAACACGAGUGAUUCGUCGAGGGUAGUUCAAUCGCGUAUCAAUUGGGUUGGACAGCUCCGUAAUGUGAUCGGAUCCUAUGUUCCGAAUAACCCGAGAGCUCAAUACACCGAUUAUCGAGAUCUUGAUCUGGGAUCGAACAAUGUUUUUGGUCGGACCAGUGUAGAACAAGCAAGGGUUUGGGGAUAUCCAUAUUUCAAGGAACAUUAA